ACAAUAAAAUUAAUCGUAUUUUUGAACUGGAAGUUUCCCUGCGCCGACGACCUCAAUUUUACAUGCUGGUUUUAGUAUUACCAUGCCUGGUUCUCUAUACCAUCUCCAGUUUAUGCUUCGUUUUGCCUUCGGACGCAACUGAGAAAGUCUCGUUUGCGGUGACUAUUCUGUUGGCGGAGGUGGUAGCGUUCACCUCUCUCAGUAAUGUGUUACCGGAGAGCUCAGAAAACACUCCAAUUUUGCUUUAUUUUCUGUCGGCUGUCAUCUGGCAUAUGGGGAUACUCUGCAUAGUGGCUGUACUUGUCGUGAACAUCAGUCAAAACGGAUGGCAAACUUGGAUGAGUCCCAGAAUGAAGCAAUUCAUCAGCUCGCCUUAUUUAAAACUGAUCAAAAUGGUCCCCUUCUCAGAACAAGACCGAUACCGUCAUCUCUCCAUCAAACGAAACUCGUAUGGUAAUGUCGUCGAUCGACUGGGCCGAAAUGUAUUGCAAGUCACGUUCGAAGACAAUAACGAAGAGAAGUUGGAGCUGGAAAAAGAAAAGAACGACAUUCGGUGGCGUUUUCUGGCCAUAGUUGUGGACCGAAUCUUUCUUUUGAUUCACACUGUGGCAAUCACGUCUAAUAUUUUGUACUUCACUUGCAACUUUGCCAUCGGUAAUGUCCAGAGAUGGCUAGAAGAAAAGUGAU